AUGUGGACGAAUUGCGAGCUGAGCAUUUUGAUGUACAGAUGGGCAGAUAUAUACUUUUCUCUUUCACUCUCUCACUUUCUCUCUGUCUCUCACUCUCUCUCUCUCUCUCUGUUUCUCUCUAUAUUCUUUUUCUCUCUCUUUCUAUCACACGCUCUUUCUCUCACUUCCUUUUUAAAGCUUUUGUUCUUAUACCAAUUUCCUUCUCUUUUUCGCUCACUCAUUUCCUCUUUUUUCCUUUCUCUCUUCCUCUACCACUUUCUUUCUUUUUCUCGUUUUUAUUAUAGUUUUUUCUCUCUAAACAAUUUUUUCUCCCUUCACUGUCUUUUUAUUUGUCUUUUUUCUUUUCCUUUUCGUUAUCUCCUUUUCAUCCUUAUUUUUUUCUCCACAAUUUCUACGACCACAUCAACACUUACAUCUCUCAAACUCAAUCUGUUCAUUAUCUACCACUGUUCCUUAUCUAUCUAUCUAUCUAUCUAUCUAUCUAUCUAUCUAUCUAUCUGUCUUUCUCUCUAUCUCAUUCCAUUCAUAUCUAUCUAUCUAUCUAUCUAUAUAUCUAUCUAUCUACCUAUCUCAUUCCGUUCAUAUCUAUCUGUCUGUCUCUCUAUCUCAUUCCAUUCAUAUCUAUCUAUCUAUCUCAUUCCGUUCAUAUCUAUCUAUCUAUCUAUCUAUCUAUCUCAUUCCGUUCAUAUCUAUCUAUCUAUCUAUCUAUCUAUCUAUCUAUCUAUCUAUCUAUCUAUCUAUCUCAUUCCGUUCAUAUCUAUCUAUCUAUCUAUCUAUCUAUCUAUCUAUCUAUAUAUCUAUCUAUCUAUCUCAUUCCGUUCAUAUCUAUCUAUCUAUCUAUCUAUCUAUCUAUCUAUCUAUCUAUCUCAUUCCGUUCAUAUCUAUCUAUCUAUCUAUCUAUCUAUCUAUCUAUCUAUCUCAUUCCUUCAUAUCUAUCUAUCUAUCUAUCUAUCUAUCUAUCUAUCUAUCUAUCUCAUUCCAUUCAUAGCUAUCUAUCUAUCUAUCUAUCUAUCUAUCUAUCUAUCUAUCUAUCUAUCUAUCUCGUUCAAUCUGUUCAUAGCAAUUUAUGUACACAUGAAUGUAAAGAGAAACAUUUUCUUGUAA